UAAGCGCUAUCUUUCGAAUUAUGUGUGCGACUAGCGUGACGGAUAUCUACUUGGCUACACUCGCUGCAAAUGCGAGAGCAGCGAGUGAUAGCCGCGAUUUAAUUAAAACGUGCUGCGUUGCUGCAUACACGCAGACGGUAUUCGCGAGCAAUUUUUGUAUAAAAUUAUUUCGUGUAAAAUACAAAACUUAAACAAGUAUAAAGUUUUGUUAAUAAGGCACAUAGGCAAUGAUUGACAGUAUCAGUGAGCGUUAGCGUUUUGACAUUGACAUUUAUAUCGCUCGACCGGUGGUACGCUAUAUGUUUUCCGUUUCAUCAACGAUUCAAAUCUACGACAAACCGAGCAAAGUUUGCUAUUAUAAUGAUCUGGGUCUUUUCGCUGAUUUUUGAUUUCCCGGAAUUGUUGGUGUUGCACACGGUACCGUCACAAAGCCGAGUUCAGACUGUAUUAUUCACUCAGUGUGUCUGGUCAUGGAGUCAAGAAAGUCAAACCACAUUCACGAUUGUCAAGCUGAUGCUUCUGUAUAUCCUGCCUUUGCUCUUUAUGAGCGUAGCAUAUUGGCGGAUCGUGCGGGUUCUUUGGAAGAGUAAUAUUCCAGGACACAAUCCAGUAUCGACUAGAAUCUCCCAUUCGACUGAAAUGCCUUUAUCCGGAGGUGGAAACCCAGAAGGUCAAUUAAGAUCUCGACGAAAAGCGGCGAAGAUGUUGGUCGCCGUAGUUGUGACGUUUGCCAUAUGCUUCUUUCCAGUUCAUUUACUCUCUAUUUUAAGAUGUACCAUGGAUUUACCAGCUGAUCAAUGGACAAUCGCUGUUAGUUUAAUCGCUCAUUGGCUCUGUUACUUCAACAGCGCGGUAAAUCCUCUUAUCUACAAUUUCAUGAGCGGUAAGUUCCGACAAGAAUUCCGUCGUAAUUUUCGAGAGUGCAGCUCGCCAAACAGGCGGAUGAUCGCAUUGCCGACGGUCCAUCGGCAUCUCCGAUUGCCGAUCGGCAGCGGCGAAAGUACAAAGGAAUGUCGCAUCAACUUGCGAAAUCAACCGUUUUGACACGUGGCAACCAAACAAUCGCGGCAUACGAAAAUACAUCUUGACGCACCUGUGCGAGCGAAUAUCGUGGCCGAGACGACGUUCGACGUCGGUUUCGGAACGGACUCGGAUAUCGGCAUCCGUUAGAACGAUUGUUGGGAAAAUUCCGCAAAGAGUUUAGGCGUGCUUUUCAAUGUCCUAACAAUAAAACCAGCACUCAUCGUGGAUUUUU